UACUCCAUUUUACUCUUACUUUCAUUUUUGCUUAUUUUUCGAUCUGUCAGUUGUGUUGCCGCUAUGAGUUGGCCUGAAGUAUCCAAAGCGGCGGAGGAAGCGCGUUAUGAAUUGGUCUUGAGUGGGACCGUUAUUUCAGAGCGAAUUCUAUCCUCUGGGAUCGAUACUGGAAUUUUUGAGUUGACGAAACUGAAUUUUCUUCAAAUCUCCAACACUGCAUUAGCUGAAAUACCAAAUGAAAUUGGCAAUUUACUCCAUCUUAAAACCCUAGACCUUCAUAGGAAUGCCAUCCAAUCGAUUCCYUCGUCAAUUGGCCUUCUACAAGAUYUGAAGACGCUUGAUUUAUCGGGGAAUUCUUUAGAGCAAUUGCCAGAUGAAAUAGGCCAAAUAGAAUCUUUGCACACUUUCAACUUGAACUGCAACAAGCUCACUGCUGUACCUUCCCUUGAAAAAGCAAGACAUCUUGCCAGGCUAGAUCUCUCACAUAACGAAUUAACUAACUUACCAGACGGGAUUUUCAAGCUGGAGUUUCUUUCAGAACUGAAGGCAGCUCAUAAUUCAAUUGGUUCUCUAAGUGAAGAUGUUUCMAGCUUGCAAUCUCUUAAAAUUUUAGACAUGUCCYACAACAAAAUCAAUGAGCUCCCAUCAAGCCUUGCAAACUGCUUUAAACUAAAAGAAUUAAACCUCAAAGAAAACCAAAUCAAGGWUAACCGUCUUACCAAGCUCAUCAACCAAUGUUCAACAAAAGCAAUAUUGGACUAUGUUGCCAGCAGCAAGGAAAAGGGGAAAGGGAAAAAAGGAGGGAAAAAAGCAAGAAUGAGAAAUGUGAGUGAAAGUGAGCAAGCAGAAGCAAAAGGUCCAGUUGUAAAGGUUAUCCAUGGUGAAAAGAUUAAAGUGCUUGUUACAUCAAGUGYUUUAGAAGUUCGACCUUUCAUUGUCUGCACUCUGGUCAAGAAUUUAGAUCUUGCAGAUGUUKCAAAAUUUAGAAAAUUCAUUGCAAUUCAGACAAAACUACAUGAAUCGCUCUGUGAUCACAGAACGCAAGCAACAAUUGCCACUCACAAUCUAUCGUCAUUGACACUGCCACUGGUGUAUGAUGCAGGUAAACCUGAUGAAGUAAAUCUUACACCRCUAGGAAGACAGAAGACUAUGAAUGCACAAGAACUGAUUGCUACUCUGAAGACUGAAGCAUUGAAACAAAAACAGCAGACUAAAAGGAACCCUUCAAAGUCRGGAUUGUACAAAUUCCUUGGUCUUGUGGAUGGAGCAGCUACAUGUUCCUUUUUGAGGGACUCAUCUGACAAAGUUSUCUCUCUUCCCCCAAUAACAAACAGCGAAUGCAGCAAGAUUAAGGCCGAGGUUGCGGAUGUACUCAUAGAAGUCACAUCUUCAAAAGAGCUUGCCAUAUGUAAGCAUGUCAUGGACACUCUYCUCCAGAGAAUGGUUGAAGCUGGAAUUAAAUCGACUGGAGAUAAAAAUGAAGAGAGUGCGAAUGCAGAACAGUUUCAAGAGCCUGCCAGUUUGGUUUUGGAACAAGUCAGAGUUACAAAUAGCGAAGGACAAUUGAAAGUUGUCUAUCCAUCGCAUGUUGAUCUUGUUACAGAGUCAUUGAAAAUUGUUCACCUUGACUGAAAAAGACUUAGACGUACAACAUAUAGUCUACAACAUACUAGCCUGUGUACAUCCAUUCCCACCCCUCCCCUACGGGAAAAAUUUUGGGAGGAAUCGUCAUCUACAGUAGAAAUGAAAAUUGUCAUGGAUUCUGUCUUGUCAGGGAAAAAUAGGCCUUUUGCAUGAAACGGUCACAUGGUACAAAAUCCAACAUACUGGAUGGCAAAAUACCCACUGGGAUUUUCAAAACAGAAAAGUCAAGCUUGAUG